AUUCCCAUUUUAGUCUUUGAUCUUUUCUUCCUUGUUUUUAGAGGAAAAUUCUUCUCCUCUUCUUUCUUUCUUCAUUAACUCUCUGUUUCUUUUGUAAGACUUCAGAAAGAGAAAAUCAUGUGUGGAAUACUUGCAGUUUUGGGCUGCUCAGAUGACUCGCAAUCGAAACGAGUUCGAGUUCUUGAACUUUCGCGCAGAUUAAGGCACCGUGGGCCUGAUUGGAGUGGGAUCUACCAACACGGCGACUUCUAUUUGGCGCAUCAACGGCUGGCGAUCAUCGAUCCCGCCUCCGGAGAUCAGCCCCUUUUUAAUGAAGACAAUUCCAUCGUCGUAACGGUGAAUGGAGAGAUUUACAACCAUGAAGAACUUAGGAAACGCUUGCCCAAUCAUGAAUUCCGAACGGGUAGUGAUUGUGAUGUUAUAGCCCAUCUGUAUGAGGAAUAUGGGGAGGAUUUCGUGGACAUGUUGGACGGGAUGUUUUCUUUCGUUUUGUUAGACACUCGCGAUAACAGCUUCUUUGUUGCUCGAGAUGCAAUUGGGAUCACAUCCCUCUACAUCGGUUGGGGACUUGAUGGAUCUAUUUGGAUUUCAUCAGAAAUGAAAGGAUUGAACGACGAUUGUGAGCAUUUCGAGUACUUUCCUCCUGGUCAUCUGUACUCAAGUAAAGAAGGUGGAUUUCGGAGGUGGUAUAAUCCGACAUGGUAUUCAGAGGUCAUUCCAUCAACUCCAUACGAUCCUCUAGUUUUGAGAAAGGCAUUUGAAGAUGCCGUGAUUAAGAGGCUAAUGACAGACGUACCCUUUGGUGUGUUGCUGUCUGGAGGGCUUGAUUCGUCAUUGGUUGCCUCUGUAACUGCACGUCAUUUGGCAGGGACCAAAGCUGCCAAGCAAUGGGGAGCACAACUCCAUUCCUUCUGUGUUGGGCUUGAGGGUUCACCCGAUUUGAAGGCUGCGAGGGAGGUUGCAGAUUAUCUUGGGACUGUUCACCACGAGUUCCAUUUCACUGUCCAGGAUGGUAUUGAUGCCAUUGAAGAUGUUAUCUACCAUAUCGAAACGUAUGAUGUGACUACAAUCAGGGCAAGCACACCCAUGUUUCUUAUGUCCCGUAAGAUCAAAUCCUUGGGAGUAAAGAUGGUUCUCUCAGGUGAAGGCUCAGAUGAGGUCUUUGGAGGGUACCUGUAUUUUCAUAAGGCGCCCAACAAGGAAGAGUUCCACCGCGAGACAUGUCAUAAGAUAAAGGCCCUUCACCAGUAUGAUUGCUUGAGAGCCAACAAAGCAACAUCUGCAUGGGGUUUGGAAGCUCGUGUACCGUUUCUAGACAAAGAGUUCAUAAAAGUUGCAAUGGAUAUUGAUCCUGAAUGGAAGAUGAUAAAACCCGAUCUCCAACGGAUUGAGAAGUGGGUAUUGAGGAAGGCUUUUGAUGAUGAGGAAAAUCCUUAUCUACCGAAGCAUAUCUUGUAUAGGCAGAAAGAGCAGUUUAGUGAUGGUGUUGGCUACAGUUGGAUUGAUGGGUUGAAGGCCCACGCGGCUGAACACGUGACGGAUAAAAUGAUGCUUAAUGCACAACACAUCUUCCCACACAAUACUCCCACUUCGAAAGAAGGAUACUACUAUAGAAUGAUCUUCGAAAGGUUCUUCCCACAGAAUUCGGCAAGGUUGUCAGUCCCUGGUGGUGCGAGCGUGGCUUGCAGCACAGCCAAGGCUCUCGAGUGGGACACCGAGUGGUCGAACAACCCUGACCCGUCAGGCAGGGCAGCCUUGGGCGUCCAUGUCUCGGCCUAUGAUCCCUUAUCUGCUCCGAUUGCUAUUGAGAAGGCCCCACCUAAGAUUAUUAAUAAGAAGCCGAGGAUUGUUGAAGUGUCCACCCCGAGCCUCACAAUCAGGAGCUAAUAUCUACUAUUUAGUAUAUAUUGCAAUGCAGUUGAAAGUAAAGAGUCUUAUGCAGUAGUUGUGUAAUUGGGUAUUUAAUUGUUCCGAAGUCAAUGUUGAAAGCUAUCGUUAAAUGUUGAUGUAUGAUUGUAAUGUAUUAGUAUGGAUAUGAAUGGUAAUUCGCAUGGCUGUAUUUGAAAAUUCUAUGUAUUUUGAAUCAAUUAGCAGGCA